GAAGGAAGGGCACAGUCAAUCCUUGGACACCGCAACAAUCAUGAAGCUGUUUCUGCUCCUCGUGUGUGUCGGCGCGGCCUCCGCCGUCGCCCUGGAGCCUCGUCCGCUUAUCAUCCUGGAGCCCAUCAACAGCCUCGUAAGCGAGGCGGUGGGCGCCGUCACGGACAUCGUGGGCGGCGUUGUCGGCCUUGCCACAGGCGUCGCCGGAGGCGCUGUUGACCUAGCAACUGACGCAGCAGGCGGCGCCGUGGAUCUAGUUACUGACGUAGCGGGCGGCGCUGUGGAUCUGGCAACCGAUGCAGCAGGCGGCGCUGUGGACCUUGCAACAGACGUGGCAGGCGGCGCUGUGGAACUUGCCACCGAUGCCGCAGGGGGAGCCGUAGUUAUAGCCACAGAUGUUGCGGGAGGAGUUGUGAAUAUUGCCACAAGUGCAGCCGGAGGUGCUGUAAAUGCGGCCACUAGCAUCGUAGGAGGCGCCAUAGACGUUGCCACGGACGUCGCUGGUUCAGCAGUCAGCGUCGCCACGGAGCUGCCAGGCCAAGUUAUUAGCCAAGUCACAAAUUUCCUCUUUACAAGAACGACGACCGUUAAACACCUGGUCGAACUGGAGUUGACCACCGUCGCCACGUGCACGGUCGCCGACGCCAACAUCCCCUCGUGCGCCGCCAGGACUCGGCCGCGCUUCGUCACCUUCGGCCCGACUGCUGUUGUCCCGGGAUUCGAGACAGGCCCCGAAGCUCGUGCAGUAGAUUUCCUCGAACCUUCAUUCGAUAAUUCUCUAGAGGAAGCCCCUGGCCGCAUCUUUGGACCACUGCCGCCCCUCGGUCUGUUCACAGUGGUGACCAAGACACAGACCGAGACGGUGGUCACUGCCACGGUCAACCACCCGUCCAACACCGUGACCAUCUCCGUCGCCGGCUGCCGCCCCGGCGCCCUCGGCUUCAGCGCCCCCGCCUGCAUGCCAUAAGGACUGCCGCGACAUCAUGGCAGCGACAUCAUGCCCGGACUUGCAAUGGCUUGAUUCUGCUCUUUUGAACGUUGGACAAAAUUAUGAUAAUUGACACAUUGGCAACUGAUAACAGAGAAAAAACUAAAAAAAAAAAAAAACUGACGUUAUUUAUUGGAAGCAAUCUAAAAUCUAAAACUCAUUCUUGAAAGCUUGAUACUGUAAAUGCGUUUGUGAUUUUAGAGGUUUCUUCUCUAUUUAUAGAAAUUUUUAAAAAUAAAAUACUCUAACCUCUUCA